AUGAUAGAGGGAUUGUGUUGUAUAGUUUCGGCACCAGUUUGGCAAACUUUAACAUUAACUGGCAGCGACAUGUUGCGAUUAGCCAGGUUCCGAUUGAGAAGAGCGCCUAUGAUUCUAGCUGCCGUGAGUCUAAUCUUUAUAGUUGUCCUAUCCCACUUGUCGGAGGAGAAGCACGAGCUUUCACAAAGGGAGGUCAUCGAACGAAUGAACGUUUAUGAUGAUUUUGGAAGAUUGAGCGAGGAAAGAGAGCAACAAAUACAAGCUCUAAAUAACCCUAAAGGUGCUAAAAUGGUGGACAAGGACAAGAACCUUAUCAGUCAGAGAGAUGCAAAGCUGGUGUUCCCAUCUAAUAACAUAGAUUACAGUCGUUAUACUGAUAUGCUAAAUAUAGAGAAACCAAAAUAUCUUCCUGGUUACAAGAACCCCUGCUGGAAGGCAAAGAUUGGUAAUUCUACUAAGGUUCGAUGUUUGCCCUACUUCCAUCUACUAGGAGUUGAUAAAUGUGGAACCACAGAUCUAUGGGCUAGGAUGAAGCAUCACCCUGAAUUGUUACCCAAUGGUGGAAUCGGUGGAAAGGAAACACAUUGGUGGUCUUGGAGAAGAUUCGGUUUUGAUAUUUGGGUUGACGAUCGUGAACCCUGGUCGUUUGAGAAAUAUCUAGGAGUAUUUGACAUAGCUGCUGGUCAGAUUGAGACUACAGUUGAUUUAUCUGAAAUGGAGGACGAUUAUCAUCCCUUGAUUACAGGUGAAGGUAGUCCCACCACAUUCUGGGAUUUUACAGGCUGGAACAGAAUACCUCAGAAUCAAGGAAAAACAGUCGAGGAGGCCCUGCUUACACCCCACCUUAUCAAACACAUAGCCCCUAAAACAUUGUUCAUUUUGAUAUUCAGAAAUCCUACAGAACGAUUAUAUUCGGAUUACAUAUUCUUAGAUUUAUUCCGCCAACAGCAUAAUGUAUCCUCGGAGAACUUUCAUCACGGUGUUGUGGAAUCUAUUAAGAUGUUUGAAGAUUGUCAAAUAACACGAUCAAUGAAGUCUUGUCUGUAUGAUAAACAGUUACAUAAAGACAUUCCUGUGCGAAUAUUUGUAGGGAUGUAUGUUGUUUAUUUAAAGGAAUGGCUAAAAGUUUUUAACAGAGGUCGGUUUUUAAUCUUCAGAAACGAAGAUUAUUCUAAAAAUAUCAAGCAGCAUGUAAUUCAUGCCUUCAAUUUUCUAGAUUUAAAAUUACCGUCUGAUGACGAGAUGGAAAAGAUUUCCAGUCGAAAACGAGCCUUCGAUCAAUCUUCCAAGAAAAAAUCCACAGGGCCAAUGUUGGACAAAACGAGAACAAUUUUAAACUCGUUUUAUAAAAAAUAUAACGAAGAACUUGCUGUGUUACUGAACAACGAAAAAUAUUUGUGGAAAGAAACGAGCUAG